AUGGGUGACAAGAAACGCAAAGGCUCGUCCGCAGCCGCCGAUCUACCUCACAAGAAGAGCAAGAAGUCAAAGAGCACAGACGCUACCAAAGAUGUCGUCGAGUUAAAGAAAGUCUCUGUCACAGAGCCAACUGCCUCCUCUACCGAAGUCAAGCCCUUGCCUUCAGACAAUGCUUCUGCAGCCUCGAAGAAAUCUCGCAAGCGUGCUGCAGAUUUCAUGAACGACGAAGAGGGGUCGAACAAGACAACUGUUCCUCUCGCCACUGCUAGUGUGGCUGACGAACCUACCUUGAAGAAGUCCAAGAAGUCCAAGAAGGACAAGAAAACCAAGCAGGAUCAACUUCUCACUGCCGACGGUGUCAAUGGCGUUGUGGAACACAGUGGAGACGAAGAUCUUGAGACUGCAACCGCACAGCAGCCCAUCUCCUCCUCGUUGCAAGCAGAAGCUGAGCGGACAGUCGAUCAAGAACUGGAAGACGACUUCGGAGGCGUUGCAAGUGAGGACGAGGCUGGCUACGUCGAUGAGGUCCAAGCCGAUGAUAAUGCUGCCGCCCUCUUAGCUGGCUUCGAUAGCGACUCCGAAGACAACCAGGAAGACACUGGCCUCGACAGCACUGUCAUCCCUCCUCUGCCCAAAGCUAAGAAGGUUCGCAAGAAGUUGGACAAGAUCAAGGCUGAAGGCAACGAUAAUGGCCCUGGCACCGUCUAUGUUGGUCGUAUUCCCCACGGAUUCUACGAGACACAGAUGAGAGAAUACUUCUCCCAGUUUGGCGACAUCACCAGAUUGAGACUCUCUCGCAACAAACGCACUGGCUCAUCCAAACACUUUGCCUUUAUUGAGUUCGGCUCGGACGAGGUUGCCAAGAUCGUGGCCGAGACCAUGGACAAUUAUCUGCUCUUUGGUCAUAUCCUCAGAUGCAAGUAUGCUCCGGCUGACUCUCUGCAUCCGGAUGUAUGGAAAGGCGCGAACAAGAAGUAUCGAAAGAUCCCUCACGAGAAACUUGACCGAGAGAGACUUGCUGCACCUAAAACCGCCGAGAAGUGGGAGAAAAAGGUCGAAAAGGAACAGCGGAAGCGUGAAGAAAAAGCCAAGAAGUUGCAGGCUCUUGGACUGGAUAUGCCCAACUCGACACUGACCAAACCUUCGGACGUGGUCAAGGAGAGACUCAUCACCGCCGAGCAACCAAACCUGAUUGAGCACCAGGAGACGAACGGGGAAGCUUUGACUGAACCAGCCGGUAAUCUAGCCAUCACUGAAGUUGCAGAGAAAGAGUCCAAGAAGUCCAAGAAGGAUAAGAAGGACAAGAAGGAGAAAAAGGACAAGAAGGAAAAGAAGGCAGAGAUCGUCGCCGACCCCGAACCUGCCACCGCCAAAGCUGUCGAAGACGCACCUGCUGAAGAUUAUGAGGCAUCCACUGAAGCCAAAGAAGACAAAUCGGCAAAAGAACCCCAACUGUCGAAGAAAGAGAGAAAAGCACUGAAGAAAAUUGCGACUGUGCCAGAGUCUGAAUUGCCCAAGGAUGAGAGAAAGGCAUUGAAAAACGCCCAGAAGAAGCUUGCAAAGGCGCAAGAGAAAGCUCCAGAGGCCAAAAAGAGUGCAGUAACCAGUGACCACGCUACCGAAGAAGCUCAACCAUCCAAGAAGGACAAGAAGGACAAGACAGAAAAGGCAGACAAAAAGGCUGCAAAGAAGCUCGCGAAGAUCGCCUCCAAGGCCAAAGACGACGAACCUGCCAAGGCUGCCUCAUCCGACGAAGCGCCUGAACCUGUUGAAAGUGAAGAGCCAGCUCUCGGGACCGACGCCGACUUUGUCUCAUUCGGAAACUUUGAUGACCAGAAAGAAGAGGAAGCUGCGGAGUGGGAUUCUGACUCUGACGCGGAUUCAAACUCUCCCGAGGCCACGCGUGCGACUAUUUCCAAUGCUAGCCAGGGCCCGAAAGGCAAGAAGUUCAAGAAGGAAAAGAAGCCGAAGAAAGAGAGAAAGAAUCUCGUCAAGGCCCGAGGUCCCAAGUCGAAGCUUGUCCCGACCAAGCCGAAACCCGAUAUCACCACCACUAAUGGCAAGCUCCCUGGUGUCCCUCUUCUGGGCAAGGGCAAGUACGACAAGGCGACUCGCCAAGCGCACAAGGAGUUGAAAGACAAGGUCUUGAAGAAGAAGGGCGUGCGUGGCGGCGCAGCUCAGCAGGUCAGCAAAGGUCCUGACGCUUAG